AUGUCUACCCAGCCUUACAAUAACGACCACGCUGCCAUAAAUCCGGACGUAUCGAAAGAACGAACCUCAUACGACUAUGGCGGCAACCCUCUUGCCCACUACGCGACCAAUGACCCGGACAUUAGACUGCGACCAUUCGGUGGUGCUGCUCAGCCGGGUCUUUACCGCCCACCACCGAGGACGCUCGCGAACCCAGCGCCCUUAGGUCUCAGUGCUUUCGCGCUCACCACCUUCGUCCUCUCCGUCAUCCAGAUGGGGACGCGGUCCAUCCUCGAGCCGAAUAUUGUGGUUGCGCUUGCGUAUGGGUAUGGCGGAUUGGUUCAGUUGCUGGCGGGCAUGUGGGAGAUGGCUUGCGGAAACACCUUCGGUGCCACCGCCCUCUCCUCCUAUGGAGGCUUCUGGAUCUCCUUCGGAAUUAUCCUCACCCCGGGGGGGUUCGGUAUUGUAGCGGCACUGGAAGAAAGUAGCCCAGCGCCGUUCACAAACUCCUUCGGACUGUACUUGAUGGGCUGGUUCAUAUUCACCUUCCUCCUGCUCCUCUGCACGCUGCGGUCGACCGUCGCCUUCUUCUCCUUGUUCUUCUUCCUAGACAUGGCGUUCCUCCUACUCGGUCUCUCGUACUUGUACGCCGACGCGGGUCAUGUGCAUGUUGGCCUUGAGCGGGCGGGUGGUGCUUUUGCUUGCUUGUCUGCUAUUAUGGCAUGGUAUAACGCGCUGGCUGGUCUUGCCGACUCCACCAACAGCUUCUUCGUCAUUCCUGUACUGCACUUCCCAUGGUCUGAGACUGGCCGUGAGAGGCGAAACAACAUCCAGAAGAGCCCGGAGCACCAAGCCUAA